UGUCUCGCGGAUAAACUCACGCACCACGGUCAUAGACAGUUAAAGAAAUGGCUAUGGCACGCACUAGUCUUGAACCGUGAGCGCGCAGCCGCGGUGGUGACAGUCGCCAUUUUAUUUUGAAAAUCAAACUCAACUGGAGCACAGCGACUCUUCCAUCUCGUCAAGUUUGUUGUGUCCGAAACAAAAAGGGAUGAACAUCUGAAUUAUUUUCAUGGGAGCACGAUGCUGAACUCUAUUUUAAACUGAAGGACUCUACCUAACACCGGGAGCUACUGACUUUGGAAGCCAAUAUUUUUCACAUCUUUAUUUGGGGGGGGGGGGAGCAGAAGUAACCUAUCACUGAAGUGACUAAAGGGGAAUAAUGGUGAUUUUGCGCCGUGCUCGGCCGCCUGCUUCCGCCCCAACCAGCAAUGAAUCUUGAUUCGCUCUCGCUGGCUUUGUCUCAAAUCAGCUAUCUGGUGGACAAUUUAACAAAGAAAAACUACCGAGCCAGCCAGCAAGAAAUACAGCAUAUUGUAAAUCGUCACGGUCCUGAGGCAGACAGGCAUCUACUACGCUGUCUCUUCUCUCAUGUGGAUUUCAGUGGCGAUGGUAAAAGCAGUGGCAAGGACUUUCACCAGACACAGUUUCUGAUUCAGGAGUGUGUGUCGCUGAUAUCAAAGCCAAACUUUAUUGCUACUCUGUGUUACGCCGUUGACAAUCCCCUGCACUACCAGAAGAGCUUGAAGCCAUCGGCCCACUUGUUCACUCAACUGAGUAAAGUUCUUAAGCUCAGCAAGGUCCAAGAGGUAAUAUUUGGGCUUGCUUUGCUCAACUCCAGUAACGCAGACCUUCGUGGUUUUGCUGCGCAGUUCAUCAAGCAGAAACUUCCAGACCUCCUGCGGUCAUACGUUGACGCAGAUCUUGGAGGAAACCAGGAAGGUGGCUUCCAAGAUAUUGCCAUAGAGGUCUUGCAGUUACUGCUCUCGCAUCUACUGUUUGGCCAGAAGGGAGCCAGUGGGGUAGGGCAGGAGCAGAUUGACGCCUUCCUCAAGACACUUUGCCGAGAUUUCCCCCAGGAGCGCUGCCCUGUGGUGCUCGCACCACUGCUGUACCCUGAAAAACGGGACAUUCUCAUGGACAGGAUCCUGCCAGACUCGGGGGAGUUAGCUAAGACCAUGAUGGAGAGUUCUCUUGCAGAAUUCAUGCAAGAAGUUGGCUAUGGCUUCUGUGCUAGUCUUGAUGAAUGCAGAAACAUAAUCCUUCAGUAUGGGGUGAGGGAGGUCACUGCCAGCCAGGUAGCCAGGGUCCUGGGCAUGAUGGCUCGCACCCACUCUGGCUUAACUGAUGGCAUCCCACUACAGUCCAUCUCUGCUCCAGGAAGCGGUAUCUGGAGUGAUAGUAAGGAUAAGAAUGAUGGCUCCCAAGCACACACGUGGAACGUUGAAGUUCUCAUCGAUGUCGUGAAAGAAGUGAAUCCCAACCUGAACUUCAAAGAGGUGACAUACGAAUUGGACCACCCAGGCUUUCUGAUCCGGGACAGUAAAGGCCUGCAUAUAGUGGUGUAUGGCAUUCAGAGGGGGUUGGGCAUGGAGGUCUUUCCUGUCGAUCUCAUCUAUAGGCCAUGGAAACACGCUGAGGGACAGCUAUCAUUCAUUCAGCACUCCCUAAUGAGCCCAGAAGUGUUUUCCUUUGCUGAUUACCCUUGUCACACUGUGGCCAUAGACAUCCUUAAGGCCCCACCAGAGGAUGACAACAGGGAGAUUGCCACCUGGAAAAGUCUGGACCUGGUGGAGAGCCUGCUUAGGCUGUCUGAGGUGGGCCAGUAUGAGCAGGUGAAGCAGCUGUUCAGCUUUCCUAUCAAGCACUGUCCAGACAUGUUGGUCCUGGCACUGCUGCAGAUCUCCACCUCCUGGCACACACUGCGCCAUGAGCUCAUCUCUACCCUGAUGCCUAUCUUCCUGGGCAACCACCCUAACUCAGCCAUUAUCCUGCAUUACGCCUGGCAUGGACAGGGACAGUCUCCCUCCAUCCGUCAGUUAAUUAUGCAUUCAAUGGCUGAGUGGUACAUGAGAGGGGAGCAGUAUGACCAGGCCAAGCUGUCUCGCAUCCUGGAUGUGGCCCAGGACUUGAAGUCUCUAUCGAUGUUGCUGAAUGGUACUCCAUUUGCCUUUGUAAUUGACCUUGCUGCACUUGCCUCUCGCCGUGAAUACCUCAAACUUGAUAAAUGGCUGACUGACAAAAUCAGAGAGCAUGGGGAACCUUUUAUCCAGGCGUGUGUGACAUUCCUGAAGAGGCGCUGCCCAUCCAUUAUGGGGGGUCUGGCCCCAGACAAGGACCAGCCAAAAAGCGCCCAGCUGCCCCCGGAGACCUUAGCCACCAUGCUGGCCUGCCUGCAAUCCUGUGCUGGGAGCGUGUCCCAGGAGCUGUCUGAGACGAUCCUUACCAUGGUUGCAAACUGCAGCAAUGUAAUGAAUAAAGCCCGACAACCACCACCAGGGGUGAUGCCAAAGGGACGUGCUCCCAGCACCAGCAGCCUGGAUGCCAUCUCUCCUGUACAGAUGGACACUUUGUCUGGCAUUGGUUCCUUGAACCUGGGAGGCACAGCCACCUCUCACACUCAAAGCAUGCAAGGUUUCCCGACCUCGCUGAGUUCGGCUUUCAGUAAUCCCCAGUCCCCAGCAAAAGCCUUCCCACCACUCUCCAACACCAACCCCAGCACACCAUUUGGGGGCAUUGGGGGGGGCAGUCUGUCCUCGCAGCUCCCUGGUAUGGACUCUGGUCCUUUGGGCACAGGCAUCGGCUCUGUUAUUGGUUCCAGUCUGGGGAUGCCACCGGUAAACACAGACCCUUUUGGCACCAGGAAGAUGAGCACACCAGGCCUGAACCCACCUACCUUUCAGCAGACUGACCUUUCUCAGGUGUGGCCCGAGGCAAACCAGCACUUUAGCAAGGAGAUAGACGACGAAGCAAACAGUUAUUUUCAGCGUAUCUACAACCAUCCACCUCAUCCAACUAUGUCUGUGGAUGAGGUACUGGAAAUGCUGCAAAGAUUCAAGGAUUCAACCAUCAAGCGGGAGCGAGAAGUGUUCAAUUGCAUGCUUCGCAACUUGUUUGAAGAAUACAGAUUCUUCCCCCAAUACCCAGACAAGGAGCUGCACAUCACUGCCUGCCUUUUUGGUGGCAUUAUUGAGAAGGGUCUUGUCACCUACAUGGCCCUGGGCUUGGCCCUCCGCUAUGUUCUUGAAGCCUUAAGAAAACCCUAUGGAUCCAAAAUGUAUUUCUUUGGAAUUGCUGCCCUAGAUAGGUUUAAAAACAGACUAAAGGACUAUCCUCAAUAUUGUCAACACUUGGCUUCAAUUGCCCACUUCUUGCAAUUCCCCCACCAUUUACAAGAGUGUGUGCAGUAUAUCGAGUAUGGCCAACAGUCACGGGACCCUCCGGUGAAGAUGCAAGGCUCCAUCACCACCCCUGGCAGUCUGGCACUGGCACAAGUCCAAGCACAGGCCCAGUCACAGCAACCUGGUGUCCCCAAAGCCCCACAGCCAGGUCAGCCCAGCACUCUAGUCACCACCGCCACGACUACAACCACAGUAGCCAAGACCCCUACCAUCACCAGACCAACACCCAGCAUCUUCAAGAAGGAUGUCCCUCCCUCCAUAAACACAACCAACAUUGACACACUGCUGGUCGCCACUGACCAAACAGAAAGGAUCGUAGAGCCCCCAGAGACUGUCCAGGAGAAGAUUGCGUUUAUCUUCAACAACCUUUCUCAGUCCAACAUGACACAGAAGGUUGAAGAGUUGAAAGAAACGGUAAAGGAAGAGUUUAUGCCGUGGGUGUCCCAGUACCUGGUGAUGAAGCGUGUCAGCAUUGAGCCCAACUUCCACGGUCUUUACUCAAACUUUCUUGACACUCUUAAGAACCCUGAGUUUGUGAAGAUGGUCCUCAAUGAGACGUACAGGAAUAUCAAGGUUCUGUUGACAUCCGACAAGGCAGCUGCCAAUUUCUCUGAUCGCUCCCUACUGAAGAACUUGGGCCACUGGUUGGGCAUGAUUACACUGGCCAAAAACAAGCCUAUUCUUUACACAGAUCUGGAAGUCAAGUCUCUGCUACUGGAAGCCUAUGUGAAAGGCCAGCAGGAGCUACUGUAUGUGGUUCCCUUUGUGGCCAAAGUUUUGGAGUCCAGUCUACGAAGCAUGGUCUUCAGGCCCCAGAACCCCUGGACCAUGGCCAUCAUGAAUGUUCUCGCUGAGCUGCAUCAAGAACAUGACCUCAAGCUGAACUUAAAGUUUGAGAUUGAAGUUCUGUGUAAGAACUUGUCUUUGGACAUCAACGAUCUAAAGCCAGGAAACUUGCUGAAGGACAAAGAUAAGCUGAAGAGUUUGGAGGAGCAGCUGUCGGCACCAAAGAAAGAGGCAAAGCCUCCAGAGGAGAUGCUGCCAGUGUCUACCACAGACUUUGUUCCGUUUGCAGCCCCUCCCUCAACCCCAGCUGCCACCACCACCACUUGCACAACCACAGGGCCCCCUACCCCACAGUUCAGUUACCAUGACAUCAAUGUGUAUGCCUUGGCAGGUCUGGCUCCACACAUUAAUAUAACUGUCAACAUCCCUCUGCUACAGGCCCAUCCUCAGUUGAAGCAGUGUGUACGGCAGUCAGUAGAGCGAGCUGUUCAGGAGCUGGUACACCCUGUGGUUGACCGCUCUAUCAAAAUAGCCAUGACAACCUGUGAGCAGAUCAUCCGGAAGGACUUUGCCCUAGAUUCAGAGGAGUCCCGCAUGCGUGUGGCUGCCCACCACAUGAUGAGAAACCUGACUGCUGGCAUGGCCAUGAUCACCUGCCGGGAGCCCCUGCUCAUGAGCAUCGCCACCAACCUUAAGAACAGCUUUGCUGCUGCACUAAGGGCCCCAACCCCCCAACAGAGGGAGAUGAUGGAAGAGGCUGCAGCCAGGAUUGCUCAAGACAACUGUGAAUUGGCUUGCUGCUUCAUUCAGAAAACAGCCGUAGAGAAGGCUGGCCCUGAAAUGGACAAGAGACUAGCCACGGAGUUUGAGCUGAGGAAGCAUGCACGGCAAGAGGGACGUCGUUAUUGUGACCCUGUUGUUCUGACGUACCAGGCUGAACGUAUGCCUGAACAGAUCAGACUCAAGGUGGGAGGAGUGGACCCGAAACAACUUGCUGUAUAUGAGGAGUUUGCCAGGAACGUUCCAGGUUUCUUACCCAGCAAUGAUCUCUCUCAACCCACUGGCUUCUUGGCUCAGCCCAUGAAGCAACAGGCAUGGGCCACAGAUGAUGUGGCUCAGAUCUAUGAUAAGUGCAUGGCAGACUUGGAGCAACAUCUUCACGCCAUCCCUCCAGCCCUGGCCAUGAACCCGCUGACCCAGGCUCUGCGCAGCCUGCUGGAAGCCGUGGCCUUGGCUAGGAACUCCAGGGACGGCAUUGCCGCACUUGGCCUUCUGCAGAAGGCUGUGGAAGGUCUUCUGGAUGCUACUAGUGGUGCUGAUGCAGACUUGCUGCUCCGAUACAGGGAGUGCCACCUGCUGGUGCUUAAAGCCCUACAGGAUGGACGGGCCUAUGGACCACAGUGGUGCAACAAGCAGAUCACCAGGUGUCUGAUUGAAUGCCGUGAUGAGUACAAAUAUAAUGUAGAGGCAGUGGAGCUUUUGAUCAGGAACCAUCUCGUCAAUAUGCAGCAGUAUGACCUGCACCUGGCACAGUCAAUGGAAAACGGACUGCACUAUAUGGCCGUUGCAUUUGCCAUGCAAUUGGUGAAGCUCCUGCUGGUGGAUGAACGCAGUGUCAGCCAUGUCACAGAGGCUGACCUCUUCCACACAAUUGAAACUUUAAUGAGGACCUGUGCGCACUCCAGAGCCAACGCACCUGAGGGACAUACAGCAGAACAAGAACAGCAAAGCUUAACAAAGACACCAAAUGAGACAGUGGGGUGUACAACAACUUGCCUUCCCCAGCUGAUGGAUGUUGUUCGCUCCAACUAUGAGGCCAUGAUUGACCGGGCCCACGGAGGACCCAACUUCAUGAUGCACUCUGGGAUUUCACAGGCUUCAGAAUAUGAUGAUCCUCCAGGCCUGAGGGAGAAAGCCGAGUACCUCCUGAGGGAAUGGGUCAACCUGUACCACUCAGCUGCUGCUGGCAGGGACAGCACCAAAGCUUUUUCUGCAUUUGUCGGCCAGAUGCACCAGCAGGGCAUCCUGAAGACCGAUGACCUGAUCACCAGGUUCUUCCGGCUGUGCACAGAAAUGUGUGUGGAGAUAAGCUAUCGGGCACAGGCUGAGCAGCAGCACAACCCAGCAGCCAGUGCAGCCAUCAUCAGAGCCAAGUGUUACCACAACCUGGAUGCCUUUGUUAGGCUCAUAGCCCUGCUUGUCAAACACUCUGGAGAGGCCACCAACACAGUGACAAAAAUCAACCUCCUCAAUAAGGUUCUGGGUAUCGUCGUUGGGGUGCUGAUUCAGGACCAUGAUGUCCGUCAGACAGAAUUCCAACAGCUGCCGUACCACCGCAUUUUCAUCAUGCUGCUGUUGGAGCUCAACGCUCCCGAACAUGUUUUGGAGACCAUCAACUUCCAGACACUCACUGCCUUCUGCAACACCUUCCACAUCCUGAGACCCACCAAAGCACCCGGCUUUGUGUACGCCUGGUUGGAACUGAUCUCCCAUCGUAUCUUCAUCGCCAGGAUGCUAGCACACACACCGCAGCAGAAGGGUUGGCCCAUGUAUGCACAGCUGCUGAUUGAUCUCUUCAAGUACCUGGCCCCAUUCCUGAGGAAUGUAGAGCUCAACAAACCUAUGCAAAUCCUCUACAAGGGCACACUGCGGGUGCUCCUGGUCCUGCUGCACGACUUCCCAGAGUUCCUGUGUGACUACCAUUACGGCUUCUGUGAUGUUAUCCCACCCAACUGCAUCCAGCUUCGCAACCUCAUCCUCAGUGCCUUUCCACGCAACAUGAGGCUCCCUGACCCUUUCACACCCAAUCUCAAGGUGGACAUGCUGAGUGAGAUCAACAUUGCUCCCCGUAUCCUCACCAACUUCACAGGCGUUAUGCCUUCCCAGUUCAAGAAGGACCUGGACUCGUAUCUGAAGACUCGCUCCCCAGUCACCUUCUUGUCUGAGCUGCGCAGCAACCUGCAGGUGUCCAACGAGCCAGGAAACCGCUACAACAUCCAGCUGAUCAAUGCUCUGGUGUUGUAUGUAGGCACACAGGCAAUCGCUCACAUCCACAACAAAGGCAGCACCCCCUCCAUGAGCACGAUCACCCACUCUGCACACAUGGACAUCUUCCAGAACCUGGCCGUGGACCUGGACACUGAAGGGCGUUACCUGUUCUUGAACGCGAUCGCCAAUCAGCUGCGCUACCCCAACAGCCACACUCACUACUUCAGCUGCACCAUGCUCUAUCUGUUUGCUGAGGCCAACACCGAGGCCAUCCAGGAGCAGAUCACCAGGGUUCUGUUGGAGAGGCUGAUAGUGAACAGGCCUCACCCAUGGGGUCUCCUCAUCACCUUCAUCGAGCUGAUCAAGAACCCUGCCUUCAAGUUCUGGAGCCACGACUUUGUGCACUGUGCCCCUGAGAUUGAAAAGCUGUUCCAGUCAGUAGCCCAGUGCUGCAUGGGACAGAAGCAGGCCCAGCAGGUGAUGGAGGGCACUGGUGCCAGCUAGCCUGUGUUACUAGCCAGCUCGGAGCCCUCGGGAGAGAUACCGCUGCCUUGACCCACUCCCCCACCACACACACACACACACACACACACCUCUGUCUUUACUGUUGGCACUGGAUAAACUGGCAACCACAGUCAUUUGAAAUGUGGAUGGAAUGACUACUGCUCACGAAUCUAAAGAGUUAGAUUUUUUUUGUUUAUCCCUUUUGGGCUGAAUUGAGAUGGACGGAAUGGAUUUGGGACGUGUUUGAUAUACUUUUUUUGAUGCUUUGAUGUAAAUAUUGGAAAAAAGGGAGAACGGGAGAGUAGAUGUGUGGAGAGCAAUGCACAUGUCAAAUAAAAUGUAUCUUGACAUGUAAAGACAUCAAACAUGUUUCCACUCACUACCAAAGUUCUUGGUUUGCUUCCCUCCCACACAAAUCCCUUUUUUUUCUGACUUUUUUUUGUUGCUUUCAGAGGCUGAAUGGUAGAUGAUUGAAGAUAAAAAAGCUGCCUGCUAUUUUCAUUUGAUUCCUUUUUAUCCCUAAGUGAAACAGGAAGAUGAAGUUUAGUCUCCCAGGUGGGUGGGUGGGUGGGGGUUCCUACUCCUGGUGUGUCGGUGGAGACAGUUUACUGAUGGUUUGUCCAUUUGAAACUGGCUCUGGAAGUCUCUCCCUGGCAUUUGUAAAUUGUGCAAAGUGAUGGCGGCAUCGUAUCUUAACGAUUUGUACAAAGAUCCAAAUUGAAGAACAAUAGAAGGACCAAUACAGCCCAUUUUGUAACAUUUUGAAUGUUUUGUAAAUGUAUUGGUCCAUGUGUUGUAUUUUGUAGUCCUUUCUAGUUUGCCUUUAGUUCUUGCUACUUAACUGCAGUAUGCAUACAUACAGGAAAUAAAGCAUUCAAACUGCAA